UCUUCGUAUCAUUUGUUUCUGCAAUCGUAUUUUGAAAUCGUGUCGUGUUUCAUGUCUCAUCCUUAAAAUGGGCUCUACUCUUCAAGAUCAUAAUCAGGCUUUAAAUAAGCCCAACAAAUAAAGGCCCUCUGAAGAAGGCCCAUUUUAAUCUUUUGGUACCACAAUUAUCAAAGAAGGCCCACAAAUCUCCUAGAGAAAAAAGAGCAACAUAUCAAAAGACCCAUAACAGCGCUCAGCAAGCCCAAUGGACUCUCCGGAGAGACCUGACGCCACCACCUCCUCCUCCAGCGACCGCCCCAAAGGGCGACGGAGCACGUGCGCCACCGGAUGCGGCCGCCCCACAAGCGUGUGCCUCUGCCAAACCCUUCCUCCAGCUCCGCUGCCCACGGCCACCAAAAUCGUCAUCCUCCACCACCCGCACGAGCGCCGCCACAAGCUCGCCACCGUCCCCGUCCUCCCCAAAUGCCUAAUCAACUGCGAAAUCAUCAUCGGACGUAAGCUGAAGUACGGCCAGUCGAAGCUUCUGGAUUCGCUCUACGACCGAGUCUGUGAGAGCCCGAAAUCGCCUCUCGCCCGAGCAUUUUAUCUCUUUCCUGGUCCAAAUGCUAUGCCGCUCACUGAAAUAAGUCACACAAAUGCUGACAAGGAUAAUCUCGUUCUAAUCGUUUUUGACGGGACUUGGAAGCACGCCAAAGAAAUGGUACUCGCGAGUCUAUCUUUUGUAUCCAAGUUUGCGAUUCAAGUUUGUUUAGAUUUUGAUGUUAGGGUUGAUGGUGGGACUAUCUAUGACUCGGAUUUGAUUCUGAGGAAAGAACCCUUUGCUGGGUGCAUGAGCACAAUCGAGGCUGUUGCUAGGUGUUUAGGGGUCCUUGAGCAUGAUGGUGUUGAAAUUGAGUCGAAGAUAAUUGAGGUUUUAAGGGCAAUGGUUAGUUUUCAGGCCGGCUUCUUGAAAUCUGUGAGGCAAAGACCCAAAUUAGUGAAACAAUCGUAAAGAGAAAAAAUGAUUGCCUUGACUCUGUCUGUUAGUUAUAUUUGAAAUCGUGAUUUGCUGUUUUAUUCUAGCUCGGAUCGCCUGUUUAAUCCACCUAUAUUUGAAAUUUCUUUUGGUGUUUUUUCUAGAAAAUUUGAUUUGAAACACACACACACACACACACA